AUGGCCGCAGGGGCUCACUUGGGUCCGCAGUUAGCUGGCGCCCAGGCUCCGGGUAACUUCGUCUUGGUGAAAUACGAUAUCCCCGGGGACCCAACAUGGCACUCAAGACUUCUCUUAGCCCAUGUCACCGACGGGGAGUGGAUCAUUCUCACCCCACAGGGGGACAUCUAUGCCGAAGAUCUGUCACCCGACAACCUGGACAUUUAUGGAUGGAGAGCCUUCGACCCAAAUGUUGGAGUGCCCUAUGGAAUAGAUCCCAACCAUGUGCACGACUUCACUCAUCGCCCUGGUCAAGCCGCCAUUCCAAACCUGAUCAACGAAGGAUUGGUACAUGCAUCUCACGAAAGGUUGCGGCGAGGAAUCCCAGCUCCUGUGGCUCCAAACCCAGCUGCAGCCCCGGCUGCUGUAGGGGGAGGGGCUCCUGCUGGAGGUGCUCUCGUGGCCCCAUUGGCCGGAGGAGCCGCCAAUCCGGCCCCAGCUGCGUUGGGAGGUGGCGGAGGUGCAGCACCAGCUGCUGCAGCACCAGCAGCUCCCGCUGGCGCCGCCCCCCAAGGUGCAUUGCAAGGGCUCACCUUGGUGCCUGGUGGAGGGGGCGGAGAUGCAGAAGAUGCGAGGACCUUGAGCAUCUCGCGAGACGGAGAUGGAGUUCGCUUCAAGGACUAUCGGGUUGCUGUGCAGGAAAGCCGAAUGGUCACCUUUGCAGAUUGGCCGAUCAAUGGCCCCAGAACAGUGAAGCAUGUGAUCACUCAGAUGGUGAAUCACGGAGGUUCUCCCUCCGGUCAUUCUCAAGCAUGGCGCGUGGCAUGUCGGAUGCAACCGACAGAUGGCCCCGCCAUGGAGCACGAUUCUUGGUGCCGUGUUCUCGAGGCCAUGAUUGUCUACGACCAGUUGGACACUACGAACUUGGCGAGUGCCGAGCUGGUGGUGAGAGCUAUCCAAAGGCUGGAGGAGAAACACAAACACAAGAUUGCUUCAAACGAGGAUGCGGGGGAGGGCUCAUUGUUCAUGGGCACCAGCGGUGGAUCGAGGUCAGGAUUGAUCAUCGAUCCGAAGCUUACAGAGUGGAUUGGGAACGAGAUGCAAAAGGAGGCCUUGGUGUCGAAGGAGCGCCGAAAGGCGAGAGAAGAACGAGCUCUAUCUCGCAAAAACGAGGGCAAGGCAGCUGCCACCGCUCCGGUUCCGCUGGAGAGAUGUCUGUCUGCCGCCGACAGCAAAUGGCUAGGCCUCAGGAAGAUCAGCAAGACACUGAGAGAUUGGGGCUUGACUGUACAUGAAGAGGAGGAGGCAUCACUGAAAGCUGAUUUCAUUGGUAUGCACUUCAAUGGUGUUGGGACCGGUGGUGGCAUGACUUCGAAAAAGAGGACCACCCCAGGACCAAAUCACAUGGAUUUGGCCGUGACUUGCAGUGGCAAUCAUCGAAAGAAUCUGCUUCGAAGAUUGAGGGUGAAGGAGGCGACCGAUGUGCCGCCAAUGUUGACCUACUUAGAAACCCGAAGUGUGAGGCCACCAACCAUCAAGGACUACCAGAAACGACUGCAGAAGUUCACCACAUGGAUGAGUCAGAUAGGAGCGACUGCAGUCAACGAGGUGGAACUAGAUUGGUGCUUGGUGGAGUUCAUGAACGAGAUGUUCGAGAAGGGGGAGGGAAUCGACACCGGCGUGAGGACUCAUGCCGCACUUCGGUUCUUCUACCCGCAUCUCGGAAGACCUGCUUCGGGAACACUACCUCGAAGUGUGAGGGCCCUGAAGGGGUGGAUGGCGGCCGCACCGCCGCAGCAGCGACUUCCGCUGCCAAUCGAGGCGCUGGGCGUCAUCUUGAUGGAGUUGAUUGCCAAGGGCAAGCCAGAGCUCGCACUGAGGCUCUUUGUGCAGUUCCUGACGUAUCUUCGUCCGGGGGAAUGCUCUACUUUGAAAGUGAAGCAGUUGGUGCCUCCCCAGCCAGGAGGAGGAGGACGGUUCCAAAGCUGGGCCAUUUUGCUGUCCCCGAUGGAGGAUGCGGUCCCAGGCAAAACUGGGGUGUUCGAUGCAACAGUAGUGAUCGACUCCGACCCCUGGAUCAGCCCUUUCCUCACAGGUCUCAUUCACAACAAGCAGGCCAACGACAAUCUGUGGCCCGACCCUCAUCAAGUCUUGGUGGCCGAGUACCGCAAGGUGACAGAGAUGCUAGGACUACAGGGAUUGGGAAGCUGCCUUUACACUCUUCGACAUGGAGGAGCCACACACGACAUUGUCACCAGGCGUCGAACAAUGCUGGAGGUGAAACAAAGGGGGCGCUGGGCCUCCGACAAUUCACUGAAGAGGUAUGUGAAGCUUGCUCGCCUUCAAUGCGAGCAGUCAAAGAUGCCGGCUGCCUUGAUCGAAAGAGGACAAGACAUUCUGAAGCGCCUCCCAACUCUUUUAAGUCAGGGAAUGUCAAGUGUGGAGAACCCGUCAGCAUGCCAAAAGUCACCAGGCGGCUGCAAAAGAAAGCAGCUGCUUGUUCGGUAG